CGCUUCUCAAGCAGUGAGGCAGGUCUGCGGGUGUCUCUUUCUCUCCUCCUCUCUGUUUUCCCCUCCUCUCUCCAUUUCUCUCUGUCCUAACAGUGACAUAAAUAACAACAAUAAUAACUACAACACUAAUAAAAAAACCAAAAGGGAAAAAGUAAAUAAAUAUUAAAAAUUAAAAAAAAAAAAGAAUUAGAAAAAAAAGGAGGGGGAAGACCAUAAAGAGUGGAAUGAUGAGUGGAGCUCAUCAUUCAGGCACUGAACUCCAGUAAUGACCCUGGUUGGUGGCAAGAGAGCUUGAGAAGGCAAGGUUUGGUUUUGCCCUUGGUUGCCCUCUGGCUGCACCCGUCACCCCUUGGCUCCAGGCAGAUUAAGUCUGUCUGCAGGCUGCUGGAGCAAUCCUGGAGAGAAGGGAAAAGACACCUUUCCACACAAACAGGUUUGAAUGUAAUCCAGGACCCAAGGGGAGCGGGUAGGUGGAGAAGAGGGAUGUGAGCUGAGCCCAGGCCCCGGGGAGAGCCGAUGGCCAAGAGUCUCCCCAUUACCACAACCCUCCGGGGGCCUGGGUGUCCUAGUUCCACAUACAUGCACAAGCCCAGAAUGUUCUGGGCUGCCCCUCCACUCGAAAAGGGUGUACAAGGAAUGCAGAGGUAGGGGUCCCGGGAAGGAGAUACCUAUCACAGGCAGGCCGGGGACAGGCAUAGUGGCUGAAGUUGGCCUUCUACUAAUGCUGCCAGGGCCCAGCUGCCCUGGAGCUCAGACAUUCACGCGGGGACAGGUGACUGGCUCACCUGCUCCCGGAGUCUCAGUCCCCCUCAGUCCUCCUGCAGCCCAGAGUCCUUUCAGCAUCUGCUCAAUGUGAUCAGUUGCUGUUGAAAGACAUGAACUUGGAACCCAGGAGGGCAGGUCUGAAUCCCGACUCUAUUAACGCCAGCUGUGUGGCCACCACCACCGAGUGACCCCAUCACCGGGAGCCUGGCUCAGGAGAUAGAAGGCCCAAGCAGUGUCUCUGAAAAGCUCGGUUUCUGGGGAUAAAGUUCAACCCUUGUCUGAAGCAAUCAGGCAAGGCAGCCUGGGGGACGGGGAAUCUUGAAUACAGUCUUCAGUGCUCUGAGCCCACCCGUGGUGAGAAAGCAGGUGUCCUGGGGAGACCGAUCCCAGUGGCCACAGGACAAAGCACGAAUUGGGGGCAGGCAGUGAAGCAGAGACAGGGCUCUGGCGAGGGAGCGGCCACAGGCUGAAGGGCUGGCGGCACCCCAGGACCUGUAAUUCCACCCAAGCCCCAGUUAUCUGGAACAGUGUGGAGAUAGGGUCCUGGUAACCGGAGGGAGGAAUUUGAUCUUCGUGGCCUCUCAGCUCACCUCACCCCUGCAGUUCUCUUCUGCAGCAGUCCCGCUAGGGCCCAGAGCCCCACGGCACCGCUGCGAACCUGUUUGCCUCCUUCUCCUGCCAGGCUUCUCGGCCACGCUGGCCCUGCUACCAGAGCCCCAAGAGCCCCCAUGAGUGCCGGCCAAGGGAGUCCUGGGUAGCGAGGCCCUGGCUGGUCCAGGGCUGGGAGCUCCACAUGCCACCCCUGCUGCAGCGCCUGCAGCAGGCCACUAAGAUGAUGAGCCGGAGGAAGGUCCUGCUGCUGGUGCUCGGGUGCGGCGCCGUGAGCCUCCUCAUCCACCAGGGGGCGCAGCUCAGCUGGUACCCCAAGCUCUUCCCUGCCAGCUGCCCGCCCCCACGGGCCUCGCCAGUGCGCCCCAAGCACCUGACGGUGGCCUUCCUGAAGACACACAAGACGGCGGGCACCACGGUGCAGAACAUCCUGUUCCGCUUCGCCGAGCGCCACAACCUGACCGUGGCGCUGCCGCACCCCAGCUGCGAACACCAGUUCUGCUACCCGCGCAACUUCUCGGGGCGCUUCGUGCACCCGGCCACGCGGCCCCCGCAUGUGCUGGCCAGCCACCUGCGCUUCGACCGCCAGGAGCUGGCGCGCCUCAUGCCGCCCGGCACCAUCUAUGUCACCAUCCUGCGGGAGCCCGCUGCCAUGUUCGAGUCCCUCUUCAGCUACUACAACCAGUACUGCCCGGCCUUCCGCCGGGUGCCCAACGCCUCACUAGAGGCCUUCCUGCGCCAGCCUGAGGCCUAUUACCGCGCGGGCGAGCACUUCGCCAUGUUCGCGCACAACACGCUGGCCUACGACCUGGGCGGUGACAACGAGCGCGGCCCCGACUCCACCUACCUGGCCAGUCUCAUCCGCCAGGUGGAGGAGGUGUUCUCGCUGGUCAUGAUCGCCGAGUACUUCGACGAGUCGCUGGUGCUGCUGCGCCGCCUGCUGGCCUGGGACCUGGACGACGUGCUGUACGCCAAGCUCAACGCGCGCGCCGCGGGUUCGCGCCUGGCCCUGCCCGCAGCGCUGGCGCGGGCUGCGCGCGCCUGGAACGCGCUGGACGCGGGGCUGUACGCGCACUUCAACGCCAGCUUCUGGCGCCGCGUGGCGCGCGCGGGCCGCGGGUGCGUGGAGCGGGAGGCGCGGGAGCUGCGCGCCGCCCGGGAGCGCCUGCUGCGCCGCUGCUUCGGGGAGCGCCCGGCGCUGCGCCCCGCCGCACAGAUCCGCACCCGGCAGCUGCAGCCCUGGCAGCCCAGCCGCAAGGUGGCCAUCCUGGGCUACGACCUGCCCCGCGGCGGCGCGGGCGCGGCCACCGACGCCUGCCUCAAGCUGGCCAUGCCCGAGGUGCAGUACUCCAGCUACCUGCUGCGCAAGCAGAAGCGGCGGGGCGGGGCGCGCCCCCGGCCCGAGCCCGCGCCCGCACCCGAAGACCCGCCGCCGCGGCCCAUCCGCGCGCUGCCCCGCGCCGCCCCUGGCGCCUGAGCGCCCCGGAUCCGGGGCCCCGCUCGAUCCGGGCCUGAGCCCUUCGGAACCCCCCCGCCCUCCGCCUCUCUCACGGGACUGAGCCCCCCUGGCCCUCGUCACUUCCAAGUGGGUGAUCCCAGUCCUUGGAGCCGGGAAAGGCUGCUCUGCCCCGUGGCCUGCCGGGUUCUCACGCUGCCCCCUCUGCUCCCCCGCCCCCCAGCGGCCAGGGGCGCCCCCACACCUUCUGUCUUCCAGGGUCCACCGUCCCCGUCAGCCUGAGCUGCUCCUGGACCCCCUAGAACCAAGAGUUCUUGGGCUGGGCUUUUAGUUUUUGGUUGUUUUUCUUAUUUGUAAUAAAAUAUCUUUUCAAGGUG